CGUUUGCAGAUGUAAAACUUAAACAUGAAUACGAAUGAACAUGUUUUAAACUUCCUGUUUUGAAAUCUUAAAUAUAUCGGAUGUGUUUGGGUUUUCAGUUAAUAAAUAGCUAUAUUACGGCAUUAUGGAAUGUGAAUGGUUCAAAACAAUGGGAAUAGUAUUUGGGAUUACGUUAUUCACUUCGUAUGCAGUUGCUCAGAGAGUGGUUCUAACUGGAGAUGGGAUGCCACCAAAUGGAAGUACUGUACCAGCGGGAAGUGCACUGACAUUGACAUGCUCGUGUUCACAGAAUGCAAAUAAUGUUGCAUUUUGGCAGAAAAGCCUGACAGACGUAUCACCUAUCCGAAGAAUGCGGAUGUUCAUAGACAACACUGGAAUCUGCGUAAAGUAUCCAUCGAAUCCGUCAUGGCUUUCAUCUUGCACCUGUGUAAACCAAGAGGUGUACACGUGCACAGUUGAGAGGAUCGAGAUAGCUAACAAUAAAGAUGUUUGGACGUGUCAUUGUACAUUUGCGGCUUUUUUUGCUGUUAGCAAUGCGCUAACAAUUGAAAUAGCAGUUGGUAUCACCGGAGUCAGCCUUAGUCCGUUACCUCCUGUAAGAAUAAUAGCCCAAAAUGAAGGAAAUAUUAUAUGCACAACAACCGAAGGAAUUCCAGCUGCCAUGGUGCAUUGGUUUAGAGAAACCUCCAAUGGAGUUUCAAACAUAACGUCGCUUUCCAGUGCGACGUCCACACAGUAUGCGAACGGAUCGUUUGUUGUUGUCAGCACUCUGGUAGUGCGUCCAUUAAGAGAAGACAACCUCAUGAGAGUAUACUGUAAUGCAAGUAACAUGGGAACCUGGUAUAGAUCAAAUAUAGGCAUCAUCGAAGCAUUAUAUCCACCGUCCAAACCUCAAUUUCGAAUCUCUUCUACCGCGGUAAGUGGGACAGUGAAGAUAAUUGAAGGUGAGAGUUAUACGUUUCACUGUGAGUCUGAUAGCAAUCCAGUUGCUACUUACAUCUGGUCCCAUCGAAGAGGACAAACAUAUCAUCAUCACAGCUCACUGUCGCUUACUAAACCAGCUGCAGCCUAUGACGAAGGUGAAUACGUGUGUAGGGCGGAGAACACCCUGACUCCUACAGGUGGACAAGCGCAUACCCAAUCAAACAACUCAAGUCUCAUAGUAAAUAUUCUGUAUGGUCCCCAAAUUAGUGCUAUAUCGAGCCGAGAUGUUAUCCGCGGAAAUACAUUCCAGCAAACGUGUUUGUUUACUCCUGGAAAUCCGGUUAAUACCAUGUUCAGAUGGACUCGUUCUUCUGGAACUGAAAGUUGGGCAGUGCAGACAGAGCAUACUCUUCUGAUCAACAGUGUCCAGCGCACUGAUGACUCAGAUUAUACUUGUGAGGUGUCCAAUCUACUGAAUCCUACAGUCGGCACAAGUAUUAUCAAGAAAGACAAUGGAUCAUUCCAUUUGAAUGUAUUAUUUGGUGCAGAGAAAUUGCAACUGAUUGUGAUUGGGUAUGUUGGUAAAAGGAAUGUUAUAGUGAAUGAGGGAGAAGAACAUACCUUUAAAUGUUUGCUGGAAAGUAACCCCGGAUCGACAAUGGUCAUAAAAAAGGACGGAACCGAAGUGGUUCGUGCAUUAAACUCUAGAAUAGUUGAAUACACUAAUCGCAGUAGCUGCGAAGCUGCAGGAUGGUACACAUGUUCCGGUAGCAAUGAUCACGGGGCUGCAGACGCCGACAGUGUUCAGUACUUUGUGAAAUGUUCUGCUAGACCUUCACCAUUCGUGGAUAUAAACUACAAUGUCAGCAGUCUACAAGCUGUGAACACAACACUAUCAUUUUACACCCAGGCGUAUCCAGAUCCGCAGUAUACAUGGCAACGCUGCACAUAUGCUUGUGUCAAUAUAACUGAUGGCACAGACUAUAACAUCACUUCGAAUGGUUUAAUAUCCAAUCUGACCAUACUUAAUGUAGAGAAGCAAGAUUAUGGGAGCUACAAGGUAAUUGCCCACAAUGGUAUCGGUGCAGCUUGGCAGGAACUAUUUCAACUUAUUCCAUACGACGACCCACCGAGGGCGAAUGCCGGCCCCGACAGAACCGUCCAGCUUCCGGAAGAAUACGUGAUCAUUUCCGGCGACGGCAGCAAGGACGAUAUCGGCAUCGUGAAGUACGAGUGGAGCCAGAUAUCCGGCCCCGCCGUCCAGGUCAAUCUGACCAACGACCCGCGGUUGACGCUUCGGGACCUCCAACCCGGAACCUACGUGCUCGAACUCACAGUCACCGACAUGCUCGGACAGGAGGACACCGACAACGUCACACUCGUCGUUGUUGCGCAGGAUGCACCACCUGUUGCGAACGCCGGCGCCGAUCAAACAAUUCAACUUCCAGACAACAGCGUCAAUCUAGACGGUUCUAGAAGCACGGAUGACGUCCGUAUCAUAACGUACCGCUGGAGGUUGACGUCAGGGGAUGACCGCGAUGUGCGUUUGACGGGCGACAGAACGCCAAGGUUGAACGUUAACGGUUUGAAACAGGGCGAAUACGUUUUCACGCUUACGGUUGAAGACGGAAAAGAACAGUUGUCAACCGACGACGUCAGGAUUAUUGUUCAACCAUCGGACGCGCCACCAGUUGCAAACGCCGGUCCAGAUCAGACCAUUCGUCUUCCAAACAACAACGUCAUUCUAGAUGGUUCUAGAAGCACAGAUGACGUCCGGAUCAUAACGUACCGCUGGCGGCUGACGUCAGGAGAUGACCGCGGUGUGCGUUUGACGGGCGACAGAACGCCAAGGUUGAACGUUAACGGUUUGAAAGAGGGCGAAUAUGUUUUCCAGCUAACGGUUGAAGACGGAAAAGAACAGUUGUCAAAUGACGAGGUCAGGGUGGUUGUGCAAGCAGUUCCGGACGCACCUCCUGUUGCGAACGCGGGCCCAGAUCAGACACUUCAACUGCCGACCAACCGCGCCAUUCUCGAUGGCACUAGAAGCGCUGAUGACGUUAGAAUUGUGACGUACAGCUGGAAGCUGAAGUCGGGUGACGAUAGCGGAGUGCGCAUGACAGGCGAUAGAACGCCGAGGCUAAGCGUUGAAGGUCUAAAGGAAGGAGAAUAUGUGUUUACGCUCACUGUGUCCGACGGAAAAGAACAGCUGUCGACUGAUGAGGCUAGAAUCGUUGUUCAAGCGGAACCCAAUGCGCCGCCGGUAGCUAACGCUGGCCCAGACCAGACCAUCCGUCUGCCAGUAGACAACGUCGUUCUAGACGGCAGCAAGAGCACCGACGACAAACGUAUCGUGACGUACCGCUGGAAGUUAACAACCGGGGACAGCAGGGGCGUACGUUUGACGGGCGACAGGACGCCGCGUCUGAGCGUCGCCGGCUUGAAAGAGGGAGAAUACGUAUUCCAACUGGAGGUGUCCGACCAAAAUGAGCUUCUCGAUUAUGACGAGGCUAGAGUUGUUGUUCAAAGAGCCCCGCGAGUUACCGGCUAUGAUGUAAUUUUUGUGCUGGAUUCUUCGGUAACACCCGAGCAUUUCCGGUGGAUGAUCAAUUAUACCCGGGAUUCCAUCCGUCAAAUGAACAUCGAUGACGAAGAAUUUAGGGUCGGGUACCUCAUCUACAGCAACACUGGCUACAAACAGUUUGACCUUAAAGACCAUUUGACGAAAGCAGAUGUUCAGGCGGCCGUUAAUAGGGUUGUGUACAGACCAGGCACUAAGAAUACCGCCACGGCCUUGAAGCAUGUACGUACCAAGAUGUUCACUCCAGAGAACGGGGACCGGGAUUUCGCCAAGAAUUACAUCAUUCAUUUGACCGGAAACGGCACGAGUGAUGACCCCUUCGAGGCUGCAACUGAAGCAUGUACCAUUCAGGCACAGGGGGUCGGAAUGUUUGGGGUUGGAUUCGGCGACGUUCGCAAUCGAGACGAGCUGGACGCGCAGUCUUCUGUGCCAACGUCUGAUUGGGCACUCACGAUCCGAAACGAGGCGGCCAUCGGCGAAACACCCGGACUUAUGUUGUACGGAAUUAAGAAUCGGACGCCAAGACCAUCACAGUGUCCUGAAAAAGCUACCCACGCACCCUCCGAAUGCAGCACAAACACGAUGGCAGACAUAGUGUUCAUGGUAGACGGGUCUGGAAGUGUUAGCGAUUCGGGCUUCCAGUCCGCCAAGGCGUUCAUGUCGCGAUUUGUUGACCAUUUCAACAUAGGUCCAUCCCACACGCAGAUUGGGGUCAUGAUUUUUGGGACCGAGAUUACCUUUCCAAUACUUUUAAAUUCUUAUUCGGACGCGACCGCAUUAAAAAACGCAAUUUACGGAAUAAGCUUUCCGAGCGCUGGAACGGAGAAUACUACUGCAGCCCUAGUGCAGCUGAUGUCUACCAUGUUCAUAGAAACCAACGGCAAGAGGAGCAACGCCACACAAAUAGCUAUUAUUGUCACCGACGUUGCGGCUGACUCAUCGACUGUCGCCGAGGCAAACAAUGUGAAAAGCAAAGGCGUCAUUAUCUACGUAGUGGAGUUUUGGAUAAAGUACUCAAUGCUAUUGGGGCCAUUGUCUGCCUCCGUGUGUGAGGCAACAUGUUCCCUUUGUGGCAAUGGGGGCCAGUGCAGUAUUGACGGUAACACAGGGAAAUGCACGUGCUAUAUUGAUAACACUGGGGUUACCUGUUCUACUCAGUGCUUCGCGUCGGCUGACGUCGUCUUCGUUCUCGACUCGAGCGGCUCCGUCGGUCAAGACAACUUCUACCGUCUGCUCAACUUCACCUAUCAGACUGUCGACAGCCUUGACAUUGAUAGCGGACGGUUCAGGGUCGGGGUCACGACCUUUAGUGACACCUCGAGGCUCGAUUUCAAUCUGAACGAGUUCAAGAACAAGCGUGACAUCGAGGAUGCCCUCACAAAAGUGGUGUACAUGUAUGGAAACACGCAUACUGCGCAUGCGCUGCGACGGGCACGUCUUGAAAUGUUCACUGCCCCGUCUGGUGAUAGACUUGACGUACCAAAUGUCGUUGUGAUUAUCACUGACGGACAGUCGAAUGUCAACCACGAACUUACGAUCCCAGAAGCAAGAAUGCUAAAGGCGGCUGGCGUUUCCAUCAUCACUCUUGCCGUAGGAUUCACAUCGGAGACCAGCGAACUCGUCGGCAUCACGUCUGAGCCUGUCCAGAAAAAUCUCAUUUACAUCGAAAACUAUGAGUCUCUGGGGAAAGUGAAGGAACAACUGAUCUCCCCUCUUUGCACGGAUUCCAACCUGUGCAGCCGUAGCCCGUGCGCAAGAGGUGUUUGCUUGGACGGCAUCCGCUCGUACGUUUGCCAAUGCCCGGACGGCUUUUUUGGCACACAUUGUGAAAAGCAAUGCGGCGAACCGUCCGACGUGGUGAUCGUUCUUGACUCCUCCAACACAGUGGGCCAGUACAACUUCGGUCGCCUCAAGGAGUACGCGCAGCACCUUGUACGACAGAUGAACAAGGACUACUGCGAUAUCAAUAUCGGCUUCAUGAAAUACAGUUCGAACGCAAUGGUGCAGGUCCCUCUAGGUCAGUAUGCGGACACCGACACAAACAUCCAAGCUCUCGAUCAGAUAUCCUACAGCCGUGGUAGGGCCAAUAUGGCGGCCGCUUUUAGGGCCAUCAGAACGGAAAUGUUCAACGGCAGACGCGGUGACCGAGCAACCGCGAAAAACAUUGCAUUCGUCUUGACCGACGGCACUAACGAUGUUCAUCGGGAAAUGACGGAACCAGAAGCAGAACUGACGAUCUCCAGUGGAAUAAGAAUUAUCCCGAUUGGUAUCAAUCUUCGUGAGCGAUACGAGCUGGAUAACAUUGCCGAGAAGCAGGGAAUCAACGUUAUCGAAAUCAGAGACGAGAUUGGUCUACUGCAAAGCACGGAUGUUAUUCUCGAUACGCUGCGCAAAGGAAAGGAUUUCUGCUCCGAGAAUCCAUGUAGGAACGGUGGAAGCUGUAAAAACGAGGCGUUUGGAUACACAUGUGAAUGUGCCGUUGGCUUUACUGGGGAUUCCUGCACACAGAGUUGUUCUGCCAAGGGUGACGUUGUGUUUGUGGUUGACACCUCAAGAUAUGUGACGAGGAAGGAGCUGAAGAGUAUUCGCAAGUUCAUGCGUUCAAUUGUGAACCGACUCAAGUUCCACAAGGACGAGUUCAGCAUGGGUAUGGUGCAGUUCACCAACAACGCCCACGUGACCUUGACAUUGGACGAGGGUCACUCGAAGAAGGCCGUCCGCUCUGCGAUUGCUGGAUUAAGAGUACACGGAGGGGACCCUGAGCCCGCCCAAGCCCUCGCCAAGGCCGCAUUCCGCAUCUUCAAGGGCCGCGGGGAGAGCAGAGAGAAGCCUGACUACAUGGUCCUGGUCACCAAGAGCAUGAGGGAUGAAGAAAAGAUCUUGACGGAGGCCAACAAGCUGAAGAUCGACGGCACCAGAAUCCUCGGCGUCGGCAUGGGUCUUACUGCUGACGAACAAGAGUACAUGAAGUCUGUUGUAUCCAUGCCCUUCCGUGACACCGCAAUGUUUACCAACGAGACCACGGAUCUGGAGCUAAUUGCCGACAAGAUCGUGCAGUUCAUGUGCGAGGACGAGAACCUGUGCGCGGAGAACCCGUGCCGAAAUGGCGGCAAGUGCCUCAGAGUGGGUGGAGACUUUUACUGCGAAUGUGGCGUCGGAUACGCUGGAAGAUACUGUGAGAACAAAUGCAACGCACGUGCCGAUAUUGUGUUCCUGCUGGACUCUAGUGGAAGUGUCGGCCACGUGGAUUUCCGGAAUGUCAAGCAGUUUGUUACCAGAAUGGUGAGCGACCUCCAGAUUGGUCGAGACGCCUCCAGGAUUGGUCUCGCCACCUACAGCAGCAAGAGCAGGCACGGUUUCUUCAUGAACAAGUACCAGGACCUGUUCCAACUACAGAACGCCAUCGAGGGCAUCAGUUACGAGUACGGUAACACGAACACUGCCGAGGGACUCCGAAUGAUCCGCGAACACUACUUCAACGGGCAAAAUGGGGACCGCAAAGAGAUUCAGGACUUCUUGGUCGUCCUGACCGACGGUGUGUCCAAUGUGAACCCUGACCAGACACUUGUAGAGGCCAAACUGAUGAAAGACAAAGGUGUACAUAUCUACGCCGUCGGCGUCGGUGAUUUUGACUCGACGGAGAUCAACGGCAUAGCCAGCAACCCCGCCUCCAAGAACGCCUUCUUGCUGCGUGACUACACCGCCCUCUCCAACAUAUCGAGCAACAUCGUGCGAGCCACGUGCAGGGACCCGAGCGUAUGUGACAAGGACAAGAACCCGUGCAAGAAUGGCGGCAUCUGCGUCCCAGGAAUCAAUGGACUGUUCUGUGAAUGCCGCGUAGGCUACCGUGGAGAGUUCUGCAACGAAACCUGCGUCUCUGACAAGGACAUCUUCUUCCUGCUCGACAGCAGCGACAGCGUAGGCUCCCAGAACUUCGAAGCAGCCAAGCGCUUCGUAACGUCCAUCAUCGAGGAGUUCAGUAGCAAGGACGCUCGCAACCGUUUCUCCCUCAUCACGUUUAGCACCGAGGUCCAGAUCGUCUUCUCGCUGGGUCGCUACAAGGACCUCCCGAUCAUCCAGAAUGCCGUGAAGUACACACGCUACCGUCCCGGAAACACUAACACGGCAGGUGCCCUGCGAGUCGUCGAAGAGAUUUCACAUGAAGAGCUCGGUGAUCGCUUCGAUGCCGAGAACAUCAUCUUUGUCAUCACGGAUGGCGUUGCAAACGUAAAUGAGGACGACACGAUUCCAGCUGCCACGGCCCUGAAGAACAAGGGGGCAAGGAUUAUCUCGAUUGGUGUCAAUUUGAACGAGAGGACGGAGAUAGAGCGCAUGGCAUCAAGCGCGACCGACGUUUUCACCGUGAGAGAUUUUGACGCUCUGGAAGGCAUCGCCGCAAAUAUCGUUAAAACAACAUGCAAGAACGGGAAUAUAAUAAAAAUCGGAAAAUAAGUGAAUGUAGUAGUUUCUAGAAAGAAAGUUUCUCCAUCUUGACUUUCAAGCUUUAUGACAUGUAAAGAGCAUAUGUAAAUAUGUAAUCACAAUGUUUCCGUUUUUAUAGUUUUUUUGCUUGUGUAAGGACCCUGCAUAUAUAAAGAAGGUUUUAUGCUAUUUGCUGUUUUUAUUUGUGUUUGUUUAAUGAAAGAGAGUGAGAUAGGGAGACAGAACGCUUUAGGUGCAGCCUUGUGGUUGGUGUUUAAGACAACAAUAGGUAUUAAUGCUAGGCCGAUGUGCCAAAACUGUAAAAGAAUAAUGAGUUAUUGCUCUAGAUGUUUAAUCAAAACCCAUUGUAUUACAAUUUUGUUUAGAAUUCUGAAUCCCGAAUACAUGACAUAUAUGAAAUGAUUCGGGGCUUUGUGUAAUCGAUUUGUAUUCCAGCUUUUUUGCAUAUGUAUUUGUAAGAACGUUUGAAGUUUAACGUGUGACUGCAUAUAUGAUCAUACCGAAGCAUUCAUGACAGUUGUGUCAAGUGUGCCUUUUACACCGGACUAUGCACUGACAUUGAGAUUAUUUUUUUGUUGUUUUUUAUCGUGCCAUACCAAUUGUGUGUUUAAUAACACAAUUCAUCAUAGUGUAUCUUGCUUGGUGUAAUUGAUGUUCCAUAGGCCAGUGAAAUCAUAAUGAUAAUACAUUACAUUCAUCAAUAACAUUAGACAAACAUAGCACGCUUUUGUAUCAGUUAUAUUUCGUUAAUUGUAUAGCUUCUUUGGUUAAGGCUUAAGAUAUAUAUUACACUUUUUUUUAAAUAUAUUAACUCAAUUGUUGAUAUUAUGGUAAAACAAUAAUUUUUUCAACAAAGAGAUUAGACCAAACUUUAUUUUUAAGAUAUAGCAUUUAAGUAACAUAACAAAAGACAAAAUAGAUAUUAGUAGUAACUGUAUAAUAGGUAGUUUCAGUACACUUAAAAUGAAGUAAAGGUAUUUUACCAAUGCAGUUUAAAAAUGUAUUUUUGUAUGCAUUUGCUAUUUUUGGACGAUUGUUUGGUACCUUUUGUAUGAAUGACCAACUUGAGAUUAUGUUUAACAAUUAAAGGGGCCUUGUUCACAGAUGGUGGUAUUUGAAAAAACAAAAAUUAAUACUUACAUAUCUAUAUUGUUUUGAAUAAUCUCAACUAACUGUAGUAGCAAGAAAAUAAGUUGAAUAAAAUAUAUUGCCAUCCCCGAUAUUCGAACCAGGGACCCCUGCAAGGAAAGGCUAACACACUACCACUACAUCAUGCACGCUUUUAAUUUAUUAUGGAAACUUAAACGCUGUUUUAGUACUCAAGGUAUUUUUCCAAAUUUUCACGGACAAGCGUUAGAAAAACGCUUUAUUAUUUAUUAAUUUUAAAUGUUGAUCAUCUUUUAAUUAACGAAUAUUUUAAACAUGUUUCUAAGUCAGGAGCGCUACUUUGCUUUUUUAAACAUAAUGAUUAGAUUUUUGUCAAUUUUUUAUGUAUUUAAAUUAUUUAUUGUAGUUUAACCAAACUGUGAACAAGUCCCUAUAAGUUCAAACUAAACAUGACAUGCUUUAUAGGUCAAACAGAGAGACAGACUGUGUAAGUAAUGGGGAAUAUGAAUGUUUAAAUUGACUUGAUAAUAAGAGCGAAAUGAGUGCUUUCAAAACAUUACAAGACGCUUUUCAGAUGGCAUCAUAACAAUUGUUGCAAAAUUUAAAGCAUAUUAACAAAGAAAAUGGCGAUACGUAACACUCAAUUAAGGGUUUUCCCAACACUAAAUAAAUGUAAAUAGCCUGUCAGAAAGUCAAGUGCUUCAUUUUAUAUACCAUUACGUGAAAUUGGAAAAAGAUAUCUAUCUUGUUAUGAACUGUGUUUUUUUUUCAACAAUGCAUGGUAUGCAGUUUUAACCAAUUAUUUGUUAAUGUUGACAAAUUAUAAGUAAAAUACAGACUUGCAUGUAUAAUUGUAUCUCUAAAAUUGAUUAUACUACAGCACUGGAUUCUGGAAUGGAUUUGUUUGAAAAUCUUUUUAAAAACAAUAAACUGUGUCAAUCUUUAAAAAUACAGUUACAUUGAGGAAAAAAUAUUAUAACACAUAUGAAACAGUUGUGGAUAAGUGCUUAUUAUUCAAAACAUGUGCACAUAAUGUUGCAAGAAUAAAUUCAGAACAUAAAACGGACAGUUGUUUGAGAAAAUCGCCAUCAUUAUGCUCAUUUCAAAUGUGAUGUCUGAUUCCAAAUUCACAUAAUAUUGUCAUUACAACAUUCAGAACUAAAUUAGUUUUAGAAAGAAGUGGUUGGAUAAAUUCUGCCACAAUUCAUAACUGUUGCUCUGUACAUAUCUACAUGUAUGUUAAUGUAUUUGUUCUUGGAAAUCCAUCUUAAAUCUCACGACAUAAGCAAUGGUUCAUGACCAUUAAAGAAGAAAACUCUAAUAUUCUAUACAAAUUUAAAAGAAACAAAUUAAUUCAAGCACAAUGUGUACAUCAGACUAACAAUACACAGACUUCAGAGAAACAAACAAUGACGGUGCCAUAUACAUCUUAAAUGCAGCUCGAUUUUGUGAAGUCUGCAUAAAGGAAAAUUUAAAUAGUACUCAAUAUAUAUUUAUGUAAUCAUUUCAACCCAGUAUAAAUAGUAUUCGUUCGUUUGCUUUAUAAUAAACUAUCGAAGUAAGAGAGGAAAAA